AUGGAAAAAUAUUCGCAGUUUCGUGACAGAGGAUCUGGAAUCGCUCCGUUCUUCCCCGUUCAAACUCCAAGCGCCGGCAUAUAUGCACCUGUCCACCUUUUUCUCUUCCUCUUCAAAUUACCAUUCUUCCUCACAGUAUCCACGACGUAUUUUCUCUUCCUACAAUGGUUUCCAUUAGGGUCACUACUCAAAAAAGCAAUACUAUGGAUGAUACUUGGGAUACCGGGAGUCUGGUGGAUAGAUUUGCAGAUUGAUGGAGUAAAGAAAGGUUCACUGGCAAAGAAACAUGAAGGAAGGGUACCUGAGCCGUCGGAUAUCAUUGCAUCUUCAUUUACAUCACCUCUCGAUUCUUUAUAUCUGGCUGCCAUUUUCGAUCCUAUAUUCACAGUAUCAUACCCGCAUACCCGUCAAAUUCAUCAAAUUUCCCUCCUCGGCGCAAUCUUUCGCGCACUCCAAAGUCCUCAAGAAUAUCCACCUAAAGGCGCGAAAAUAACGGAUUUAACCGCUCUACUCAAUCGCUAUCCCGGAAGAGCCAUAGUAGUUUUCCCGGAAUGUACAACCACAAAUGGAAAAGGAAUAUUGCCCGUGAGCGCAAGUCUUUUAACAGCUCCAUCAGGAACCAAAAUCUUUCCAAUAAGUUUGCGAUACUCGCCAUCAGAUAUUACGACACCCAUUCCGGGGAAUUACUGGUCAUUUUUCUGGAAUCUUCUUUCAAAACCUACUCACUGUAUCAAAGUCCGAAUCGCUGAGGUUGUAUACAAUACCUCCAAGCUCGAUGGAGUUUCGGAAAAGAAGGAUAAUAAAUAUCUGAAGAAUCUACUCGAUAAUGUUAACGAAGGCAUUGGCUACACCAGCAGCACUGAUAGUUUAACAUGUAAAAACGACCAGUCCGUGGAAACAACAUCAGAGGAACAGCGUGUUUUGGACAAAGUUGGAGAAGCCUUGGCACGAUUAGGACGAGUUAAACGUGUAGGGUUGACUGUGAAGGAUAAGAUUGCAUUUGUGGAUGCAUGGAAUAAGAAGAGAUAG